AUGCAUCUUUAUUUUUCAAGGGCGGCCCAUGUGUCAUGGCGGUCCUCUUUGCUGAGAUCCAAUCUCAUAAGCGUUUGUCGUUUGCGUUUCUUUUCAAGCAGCUCGAGUAAUUGCAAUUCGGGGCAGAAUGCCGAAAUCAAAAGAACCCGAAAUAUUGGCAUUAUUGCCCAUAUUGAUGCCGGGAAAACAACCACAACUGAGCGUAUGCUCUAUUACAGUGGUGUCACGCGUCGAAUAGGAGAUGUCGACGACGGAUCGACGGUCACGGAUUUUUUACCUGCUGAGCGGGCCCGGGGAAUUACCAUCCAAUCUGCAGCAGUAACAUUACACUGGCCUCCGAUUCAGCAUGGCUCAUCGGAAGAUUCGAUUGAGUCUGUCCAAAAAUCACGUGUUUCACAUACAAUCAACCUGAUCGACACGCCUGGCCAUGCGGAUUUCACAUUCGAAGUCCUACGCUCACUAAGAAUUCUCGACGGGGCCAUUUGCGUUCUUGAUGGCGUUGCUGGCGUAGAAGCCCAGACCGAGAAGGUUUGGGCACAGGCAAACCUUUACAGCAUCCCAAGGAUCGCCUUCGUCAACAAGCUUGACCGUGAUGGAGCUGCUUUUGGACGAACCGUGAAAGAGAUUGGCUCGCGGCUACGAGGAUGGCCUGCUGUUUGCCAAAUCCCCUGGUGGGAAGGGGGCAAAGGGAGAUUUCAAGGAGUUGGCGAUGCCGUCGAUCUCUGCGCUUUGAAAUGGGCUGAAGGAGGCGAUGGAAAGGCCAUUCAGAAAAGCAGUCUAGAAAGCCUUAAAGAAACGGACCCGGAGUUUGCGGCCGAGCUCAUAAAAGCUCGACUAGCACUAGUUGAGGUUCUUUGCGAGUUUGACGAGCACCUACUCACUGCAUGGCUCGAGUGUGACGACGAUCCAAUGGCUAUUGCACCGCAAGCAAUCAGAGAUAGUCUGCGUCGCUGCAUCAUUGAUGGUUCUGGCCGGCUCAUUCCUGUUUUCGCUGGUGCAAGCUUUCGCAAUAUCGGCGUUCAGCCACUUCUAGACGCGGUUGAUGAUUUACUUCCCGGUCCAAAUGAGCGACCACCGGCAGAAAUCACUGCUGGCGCCUUGAAGGGGACACUACCGGAUUUGUUGGACGGGAAACUCCAUAUCCAGCAGUCUAAGUCGUCCAAGCAGCCCAAGCGCCUCCAUGGACCAGGGCCAGCCAAUAUCGGAGGAAACAUUGAAGCAUGCGCACUUGCGUUUAAAGUGGUCAACGAUCCGAAGCGUGGCGUUCUGGUCUAUGUACGUGUCUAUUCCGGAACUCUGAACAGAAACUCGGCGCUGUGGAACACCUCUCUCCAUGUCACUGAGCGGGCUGGCAGACUACUCCAAAUGUAUGCUUCAGACGCCGAAGAAAUUCAAUCAAUUCCAGCAGGCCAAAUCGGUGUGAUUGUUGGUCUUAAACACGUGCGCACUGGCGAUACACUGAUUACUUACACUGGCUCGAAUCCCAGAACCGGCCCACCUGCACCGCUGGAUAGCCUACAUCUCCGACCUAUAGAUGUGCCCCCCCCAGUAUUCUUCGCAGCUAUUGAACCACAUAGUUUGAGCGAAGAGAAGAAUGUCGAACAGAUCCUCGCGCUACUUCUGAGGGAAGACCCUUCCCUGCAUGUCAGCAUUGACGAUGAAUCUGGACAAAUGCUUCUCAGCGGCAUGGGCGAACUGCACCUUGAAAUUGCCCGAGACAGACUCGUCAAUGACUUCAAGGCCAAGGCGACUAUGGGCGCGAUUGAAAUCGGCUAUCGCGAAUGCGUCCAGUCCUCUUCAAGCACUCAACAUUCACUCAUCGAUCGUGAGAUUGCGGGCAAGAAAGGAAUGGCUGGAUGUUCUGCCUUUGUUGAACCUGUCGAUUCGACGGAUGCUUUCCCGCCUGACACUAUUGAGAGGGAUGGUAACUUCAUCACCGUGAAUGUUGAGAUGAUCGACCCUGGGGACCGUCACACUGCUUAUUCUCUUCCCCAAGAGCUGCCUCUUUCCGAACUCCGCACUGCGCUCAUAAAUGGCGCUUCUGCUGCCUUAGCACGCGGUCCUCGAAGACGCUUCCCCAUGACCGCUACUCACGCCAACUUGACUUUCUUGGUGUCGCGUGACCUAUUUGGCAAAGAUACACACCCAGCUGCUUUGAGCUCAGCUGCUCACCAAGCUGUGCAAACCGCACUGAAAGAGACCUUUGACAACAAUGCUAUCAGCCUAAUGGAGCCGGUCAUGAAUGUCGUCAUUUCAUGCGAUGAGGGCAACAUGGGCAAUAUCGUGCACGAUAUCUCAUCUGCUCGCGGCGGCCACGUUAUCUCUCUCGGGGAUGAAGAAUCUACUGAAGCAAUUGGAGACGAUGAGAAGCAAGUCGACGUAUCUAGGAUCUAUGCACCUCCAGACCCAUUCGCUGUCUCGACGCAGUUUGGAAGCGACAAUCUAUCAGGAGCAAAUGUUGGGCAACAGAGGCAUAUCAGGGCCAGGGUGCCGUUGAAGGACAUGGUGGGAUAUUUGAAGCACCUGAGGAGUUUAACAGGUGGACGUGGGACAUUUAUCAUGGCCUUUGAAAAGUUUGAGAGGGUCUCGGGACAGAGAGAACGAGACGUGUAG